AUGGUAUUUAAGUGUCAAGAAAAUUCAUUUUUAAAAGAGUUUACUUCUAAAGUAGUAUCAUGUAAAGAAGUUGAAUUAAAUACUGUAAUAAAUGGAAAAAAAGAAGACAUAAAAGGUUAUGAACUGAUUUUAGAGGAUACAAUUCUUUUUCCAGAAGGCGGAGGUCAGCCCUGUGACCAUGGUUACUUAAACGAAGUUCCAGUUAAACUCGUUGUCAGGAAGGAAGAUAUAGCCAUCCACUACGUCGACAAACCAUUUAACAUUGGCGAUGACGUAAAACAAAAUGUUGACUGGGAACGUAGAUUCGACCACAUGCAACAACAUUCUGGCCAACAUCUCAUAACGGCCAUUAUUGAGAAAGAAUUUGGGUUCGCCACAGCUUCCUGGUGGUUGGGUGAGGAAAUUUCACAUGUGGAACUAGAUACACCAUCGAUAACACCAGAACAGAUAAAAAACGCUGAGAGAAUCGCGAACGAGUUGAUACGAGACGGAAAAAAUGUGACGGUGAAGGUUUAUACGAAAGACACUCCUGAAGAACAGCUCAAAGAGGCGAGAAGUACUAGGGGACUACCAGCUGACCACAAAGGGGAUAUUAGAGUCAUUAAUAUCGAAGACGUAGAGAGUACGAUGUGUUGCGGUACUCACGUCAAGAACCUCAGUCAGUUACAAGUUAUUAAGCUUCUUCAUGCUGAAAAGAGCAAGAGGAAAGAUAAAAUCUUCCUGUAUUUCUUAGUGGGAAACAGGGUUAUCAACAGAUUGGAGACGUGUAUUGAUCGUGAACAAAAAAUGACGGUUUUACUGAAGAACAACCCUUCUGAACACACUGACCUGGUGGACAAGCUCUUGAAAAACGUAAAAACGUUAUCCAAAAAUCUACAGACUGUUCUGAAAGACGUCGCGGUAACAGAAGCUAAAAACUUAAAAAUUUUGGAUCCUCCGCCGAAAUAUUUCUUUCUUCACAGGAAGGAAGCCGAACCGGAUUUUAUGAACGUGUUAAUUAAGGAAUUGGGACGAACGGAUAUAUUUUUAUUCCUUUCCACUGGGGAUGAAAAGACAGUCGGAAAUAUAGUGCUCUAUGGGGAAGAGAAAUAUGUUUCGGACCUAGGAAACCAGAUAUGUGAAAUGUUUAAAGGGAAAGGCGCCGGCAAAGGGAAUAAAUUUCAAGCCAAAGUCACAAAAAUGGUGAAUCGUAAAAAGGCCGAACAGUAUAUUAGUGAUUAUUUCAAAGAUAAAUAAUGUUAAUUUUAUUGUAAAUUAAAAUAACCAAUAAAUUUUUAGGGAUUGAC